ACGGCCAGUGGCUACCUGUGGCAAAAGAAUGCCAGUUAACAAGCAAUAGUCGUGGCAAAAGGUUUAUAUAUAGAGCCCAGAACAAAACCAAAAAACUCCCACAAAAGAGAAGAACAAAACCAAUUGCAAAAUGCAAAGCCCCAAAUUAAGCAUUUUGAUAGCUGCGCUUAUCGCAAUCAGCCAAUAUAAAAGCGUUACAGCACUGACUUGUAACGCGGGUACGAAUGGGCAAGUAACCUGCGCAGAAGGUGUAACCGAAUGCUUCGUGAAAACAGUAGCUGGAAAUGUGACGCGUGGCUGUGUAACGGACACCACCUGUGUGGCGCCCACCUGCCUGACGUGCAAAACGGACAACUGCAAUGAAGCACGGAUGUGCAAGCAGUGCUUUGGCUCCCAGCCGGAUUGUGGCAGGACUAAUGGAUCGGCGGACGCAUUCAAUACCUUAUGCUUGACGGCCACAGAUCAGUGCGCGAUUGUGGUGGCGGCAAAUGGUACAGUGUCGCGUGGCUGUCGUGGUGCGUGUGCGGCGAAUGAUCCCAAUUGCAAGUCCUGCACUACGGAUAACUGCAAUGUGGGCAUCUUUCCGGAGAAUCGUCGCUUGUGCUACCAGUGCAACGGCGAUACCUGCGGCACUCCAGACAAUGCCAGCAUGCUGCUGGGCUGCGACAUCUAUCAGGCGACAGGUCAGAAGUGCUACACGAUCGGCACCAGUGCGACGACUAUGCAGCGUGGCUGCCAAACGGAUUCGACGGCCGACAACAAAUGUUCAGCCAGCUCAACCGAUCCCAACUGCUUGUUCUGCGACAACGAAAACGGCUGCAACAACAGACCCUAUUCACGAGUCCUGGGUAGCUGUUACAAGUGCAACGACGCCGACAAGUGCCUGUUGCAGCAGGAGGCGGGCAAGGAAAGCGCAUGUGCACCUGCCGUCUAUACUCAGAACGAGAACAGUUGCUAUACUCAAUUAUUUAACAAUGGUUCGGUGGGACGUGGCUGCACCAAUGAGCUAGCUGAUGGAUGCGAGACGACCCAGAAUUGCAAUGCAUGCACGGGCGACAACUGCAACGUGAAUAUUGCCACAUUCCAAUGCUUGAUCUGUCGCAGCGACUACUAUGCGCCUUGUCGCCAAGCAAAGGUUCAGCCCGAAAAUUGCCCAGCCUCCAGUCUGACUGGCCCCCAAGCGAUGAAAUGCUUUAGCGGAGAGUGGGAUGGCGUCGUGGUUCGUGGUUGCCUUAGCGAGGCGAGUGCUCUGAUGCAAUAUCAGUGCACAGCGGAGGCCGACACACGUUGUCAGACAUGCACUGGCUUGGGUUGCAACCGGCUAGUAUACAAUGGAGCCGCCACACUGCAGCAGAUGGGUCUGGGUCUAUUCGCGCUGAUCUCCAUUGUGCGACACUACUUCUAACAAGAUUGUAGCGUACAAGCCAAUUAUAGCUAACAAUACUAUCUACUAUCUAUGACAAAAAAGUAUAUACACACACAUAUAUAUAUAUAUAUGAUAUCGGUGCGUGCAGUGAAACAAAUGAGUCAUUCAUGAAUCAUUACACACAGACAUUAGCAAAAGAAACGCUUGAUUUU